AUGCUUAAAACCGGUUUUGUAGCGCUUUUUAACUCAUCUGCUGUGUUUUUCCCCUUGUUCCAAGGUGUCUGGUAUCCAAGUCAAAUCUGGUCCAAAUCGCAAACGGAAAACUCUCAGAUCAUGCUGUCCUCGUCUAUAUUGCAGUCACUUACCCUUUGUAUCCUGGCUACUGCUGGAGAUCUUCUCUCUCAGCUGGGUCAGGUACUCCUUGUAACUCACGCUGGCGCUCACCCUGUCCUCAACCAGCUCAGACAUGCUCCACAUUCUCAGCGGAAUCACGUCUCUGUUGGUGUUCAUCAGGUUCUCGUUCAUCGAUGGACCUCUCACAAUGUACAGGUUCAAGUACUCGAUCGAGCCGUCUUUCUCUCUCACCUUGUUGAUGAUGUUUCUCACACGGGAGUUGAACUCGUUGUCAAGCUCUGGAAGCUCUGCUUUGCCAAUUGGAACCUCGUUCAUCGACUCAACACCAAACACAUCGUUCACCAGCUGAGGAACAGCAUCUCCACCAAUGUACAGGAACAGCUCAGACGUGUUGUUGAUCAAGUACAGACCGUACUUCUCAAAGUUCGAAAUGGUGGCAUUGAUGGCUUCAGGAAGAACAAUCUCGCCGUGCUUCUUUGGUGGAAUCUCGUACGGCUCGUCCUCGCCGUCGUAUGGGAGUCCACAGUCGUCGGUCAUCGAGUGCAAUGCAUACACCGUUGGGUAGAUGUAAGAGAUCAGACUCUUCAAUGGAAGAGUCGACAAUCUGUUGAGCGCAGAAGAACGGUGAUCGGAUGGAACUUUGCCAGAUCUGAAAGCAAUGUGUUUGGUCAAUGCUUGCAACAACAGUGGCAGCAUUCUCAAAUUGGUACAAAGCUGCAAUGGCGAAGAAGAACCAAGGUUUCCCGGAACGAUCUCCUUCUUGUAAAGGGCAAGAAUGUCAACCAGAACUUUGUUCAAGUAGUCUCUAGCAUCGUUCAAGGAAGACGACAAAGUCUUCUCCACGGCCCGGUGCGUGAAGUAGUUGGUCAAAGCCAGCUGGUCGGCAGAAGCAUAAACGUCAGUAAGGUCCUUGGAGGUUGGAAUUGCAAGAGUCAUCACUCUCACUCUUCUCUCACCGAAACUGGUGGUGUGCAGCACGGCGGCUUGGAAAUACACGUAUGGCUUGGAGAUGUACUCGUCGAUAGACACCUCAAUGACAUACGAUUGGUCUCUUGGGAACGUUGGGAAAGAACACAAAUCCGAAGAUCUGUUGAAGAAGUUUCCGUAGAAAGAGUUCAUCCUCAAUCCGCUAGAUCCCCUAACUCUCAACACAGCUUCCAAAGCAAUCUCCAUGGAGAGAUGGUUGGAAACCUCUUUGGUGAACUUGGUGAUGUCUUCCACUCUGCUUGCAGACCAGGCAGGGUAGAAGUGGGUUUGACCGGCCGUGUAUCUUGGCAGGUUAGAAAGAGUGGCAACGUCUUGGUAGUUGGAGCCGGUCAAGAACAUGUCAACAGUGACCUGCGACUUGUUACAUUCCACAGCAAACGACUUGUAGAAAGAGUUGUUUGA